CGAUGUUGAAGAAACCAGACGUUUCAAUAGAAGAAGUAUUUAUUCCCAUAAAUGUCAAGGAAAGAAUUGAGAAAUCGAUAAUUUUCCCUUUAAAAUCUCCAAAGAUUCAAGAAGGUACUGAAAAUGUUGGACAUGUCGUGUUGUACGGGGAACCCGGAACUGGGAAGACUCACCUAGUUAACGCUAUAACAACUGAACUGAGUCACGUGACCUGCUUCAGUCUUUCUUUCUACGAACUCAAAAAUGAUGGAGUCCUACGAAAUCUUUUUUUGCAAGCAAGGCUCAGAAAACCAGGAUUAAUUUUCCUGGAUGAUGUUGAGGUAAUUAGUGUUACAGAAACAGACGAAGGGAAAAAGAUUGCAUCCGAAUUUCUACUUCAGCUGCAAGGAUCUCCAAACAAUAGCACAGAGGGUGUGCUUAUUGUCGGAAUGACAAAUAAACCCUGGAAAUUAGAUCCCACUGUUUUGAACUGUUUUCCUGUUCGUAUUGAAAUCCCCUUACCAGCUGACAAGGAAAGAUUUGAUAUAUUAAAACAUCAAUUAAAGGGUAUCGACAUUGAUCUUUCUGACAAAGAACUCCUGGAAAUAGUUAAACGGACACACGGAUUCACCGGUGCUGAUAUUGUAGUUCUUGUCCGAGAUGCUUUACUGCAGCCGGUGCGAUUGAUUCAAAGAGCUACGCAUUAUGUGAGAGUUCAGGAAACAACAGCAAAUGAUCGACAGGUAACGGAGGAGAAAUGGGCCCCUUGUUCCUCAGAAACUCCAGGAGCUAUAGCAAUGACGUGGUCAGACUUAAAGGAAGACCAGAUCUCUCUGCCAAAACUAAAAAUGGAUGACCUACUUAAAAGUUUAUCAACCACACAUCCAUCUUCUGAUGACGAAUACCACGGUGCAAUUGCCAAAUUUACAAAGGAUUAUGGGAAUUAAACCAUGUACAUGUACGUGUACCAUCAACAUGCUCAAUUCUCCUUAUAUUUGCACGGUCUAGUUUGAAUAAAGAAGACCAGAAGUUUGGCAAGAACAAGAUAUUGAUAUUCAUAUGAGAGAAACACAAAUAACAAUAUAUACGGGAAAUACCAAUGAAUAAUCGAAUAAAGUGGUAUUUAUUUCGUAAAAUUUGAGCAUUUCAAUGAGAUCUAUAGAAACUCUGUUAGUCGGUGUAUAUUGACAACCUAGCUAACUUUCAAGAAAUGUACUUGGCAUGAUAACACGAAGACUUUUGAAACAUUUUUCAGAAUAGAAGAAAGAUAUAUGGUCUUUAACUCAUUUGUGAAUCUCAAAUUUUAUUAAAUUGA